AUGACUGACAAGAUCAUCCUCGUAACGCGGGCGACCGGUUCCCAAGGCAGAGGUUUCAAUUGCGUCUGCAAGGCUGAGUUUGUCGCUUCAGGCUAUAAGAUGAGCUGUCACAUGCUGCGUCCCAUCCGCCUUCUUAGACGUCCACUGACAUUGCAACUCUUAGCUGCUAUCGCUCAUCUUGUGCGCUCUGGAUGGAACAUACGUGCUCUUGUGAUCGAUCCAUCCAGUGAUCGCGCUAUCGUUCUCAAAUCAUUAGGGCCGCAGGUCGAUUUGGUCCAGGGCACAUGGAAAGACCCUUCAAGCAUUGAGGCUGUCAUGCGAGGCUGUCAAGCCCUGGUAUUCAUCCAACGCCCAUCCUUUACUGAUGACGCAGAGUUUCAAGAGGGUCACGUUAUUCUGAACCUUGCUAAGGUCGCCGGAGUCCAACAUGUUGUUUUCUCCAGCUCACUCGUGCUCAACAACCCGAAUGCACAGGAGGACAUUGGACACUUGUCCGCUGCGCCCGCCGCGUUGAACAAAGCGCCCGUAGAAGACCUCGUAAAAGCUUCUGGCAUGAAAUGGACGCUGCUGCGCCCUGGAUACUUUAUGACCAACCUGCUACCUCCGGUUGUCGACUACAUUUUCCCGGAGAUCAAAGCAGGCCAGAUGAGCAACAGUUACGGUCCGGACUGCAUCUUGACGCUCGUUGAUCCAGAUGAUAUUGGAGCUUUCGCUGCCGCAGCGUUCAACGAUCCCGGAAAGUUCGACGGGAGAACGAUUACCAUUGUUGGAGAGAAUGUUCGAUUCGACGACAUUGUGAAGGCAUUCUCCAAAGCCACUGGCCGCGAUAUAGAGGCCAUCUACCGAACAGAAGAAUAG